AAACUAAGCAGAGUUUUAUGUGAGUUAAUCAUAUAAAAUCUUCAGUUUGCUCUGCUCUUGUAUAACAGAAUCUUCUUUCACCUUGCCUGGUUUCCCUCAUGUCCUUCACCUUCCUGUUCUCAUGCAUAUAAACCCAUGCUUCCCUUCACAUGCCUGUGGGUUGAAACGCCUGUGGGACUCCAUUGCCCACCUGUGUGCACUCACUUCAGCCUGUUCUUGAUGUACAGAAAUAGGACCAACUCCUACAGACUAUAAUCAGGCAUUCUUCAGGCAAAUCUCUGACUGAAGUCAGUGGAAGUUUUGGCAGAAGAACUGCAAAGCUAAUUACAUUCCUCCCCCAAGAAUAUAUAUUGGAUGGUGAUGAGAGAUGAGAAAAUACUGCCUAGAAAGAAAGUCCAUUAAUAAAUGAGAAGUAGAUAUAGGGGAGAACAGUUGAUUGAAUUAUUUAUAAUGCAGUUAUAAAAAUGCUGAGUUGCUGAGCUUUCCAGAAACCCAUCAAUAACAUGCACACCAUAGCAGCAGUUAAUAGGAGUCUAGAGAAGCAGGAGCAAGGAUCUCCGUGAAAAUCACAUUGUGAAAAUACUGUGAAAAAAAGCCUAGCAUAUCCAAAUCAUUUAGCACACAAUAUGUUUUAGUGUGGUGAUAACUUUCAAAUAGCUUUGAAAAUCGGUUGUGAGUUAAUUUUACCAGCAGUGCACCAGAGAAUUUCAAGCAAAAACUGAGCAAAUGUGGGCCCAUCUUGUAAAAAUAGAAAAUCAGCACAGACACUUCCUAACAAGGGUACCUAUAGAUCAGGGUCAAAAAGAUUAAAUGCAUGUUUAAAAAACCUGGAUAGUGAUACUAAGAGCAAAAAUGAACCUCAAUAUUUGAAGGAGCCAAUCUUUUCACAUAUUGUUUUGGUCAGAAUUAUCUAAUUAGUGACUGAUAAUACCAGAGCAGACAUAUACUUCAUUAGAUCCUUUGGUGCAAUGAAUAGAAGAUUCAACUUUUCAAACCCUCAGUGGCUAAAAGAAGGCAAAGUGAAAAGGCCAACAGCUCUCUUUCAGCUUUGACAUCUAUAAUUCGCAUGCCUGGACUGCACUCCCACUACAAACAGUCCGCUCCCUUCCUACACACAUAAACACACUCUGCCUUCAUCCUGCUCUCGGACCACACACGCAUCUCUGUCCAGUUUGUGCUCUUCACAUCAGCCAUCUUCCUCCCUCAGACACGUGAAUGCUUCCUCUGAACUAACUCCUCAACUGAAGGUGUGUUUCCACACUGGUCCACCAAGUUGGGAGGGUUUUUUUAGGUUUUCUUGCUGUCCUCAGUCGUGAUCUCCAGACAAAGCCUUCCUUUCUGUGAGAAAACUUCACAAUCAGGAACGUGGUCUGGACAUUUAUGGACAAAGGAACAUUUGUAUUUCUGCUCCUGUUGCCUCUUAAUCAUUAGAAAGAAUGAGUAUGCUGUGCCUUUAGCCUUUCAGCUUAGUUUAUGAAAUCCAUAUCCUCCUGUAGACAUUCAGGUUUGAUCUCUUUUUGUUUGUGAUUGAGGCUGAAGUGUCCAGGCACAGGGAUAUACUCUCUCUGUACUGGCCUGCAUCCAGCAGCCUGAACAUCAUUUCCAGCCCUUUAGCCUCUGAAACCUUCUGUUUGUGAAAUUAGCCUGAUGAGGCGACUGAUGAGAAAUUGGUGCUUAUUAGCUGCUGUCACUUUUAUACCCUCUUCUGUAACUAAUGGUACAGCCGCCCUUGUGAUCCCAUUAAAUAGCUCUAGCUAGAGCUCUGACUGCAGGAAAAUAAAGCUGCAAAUGGAAAAGGCUUCUUGGUGCUGCAGGCCAAGCUCAACCACCUCCUCUCCCCUACAUUCCUCUGUUGCUUUCAUACCCCCUGCUAGUCUAACAUUACUCCUCACAGGGUUGUCUUCUUCAGGGAACGACUUCAGUUUGAACAGAUUCAUGCUACCACACCCAGAGGCACCAAAUCUGCACUGAAACAUGUCUGGCAGAAAGGGGGUGUGUGUCAGCAGAUAUAUUUAAUUGUAUGUACCAACCAGCAUUUUCCCUAUGUUAACCUCAAGUGUGCAGUUCGGUUUCUGAUCUUAAUGCAUCCUCAUUUAAGAUUAUUUAAAUUUAAAUUAUGUAAGAUUUAAGAUUUAUAAGCAGCCAUAAAAUGCCCAUUAUAACAUGAAUUUUUAUAACAUGCCUUCAUAUGUUCCUCAUACCUGUGUGGAACCAGAUGCUGUUAAAUCUGGGUAUACUCAUAACUAAUUUUGAACAAGCUACUUAGCCACCAUGCAAGGAGGUGGGGGGAAAGCCAUUAAAGUCCAACAUCUUUAAUGUGAAGGCUCCAGACUUCCUGACUCUGGGCCUAGAUGGGCUUAUUACUUUGCAGAGAUACAGACUGCCAAGUCUAGCAGCAUUGUCAUGGCCAUUGACUGCAUUUGGUGAUGUGCUCCAAAUCCCAUGUUUUAGGAACACAUAUGCACAGGAGAAAUGGAAGUUUUUUUCUAAACCAAAAUAAAUUAGAAACCUUGUAGUGUGUUGGAAUAAAGAUGGAAAACUCAGUCAGAAGGCAGAAGCUAAGACAAGUAAGAAGAUUUGAAUUGUUAUUGUUUCAAACAUCUGAGAUUUUUUUAGUCCACUCAUAGUUUUUUUGAGUCUGAUCCAAGUCUUAGCUCUUCUGCUUGAUACUGUUGUUUUGAACCAGUCCCAUCUUUGCUGCUUCAGAUUAUAGUGUGGCAGAAGGGUAUCUAAUGGGAUCUUUCACAUUUGGAUUCUGGCAUCUGAAGGCCUGUCUCUACACAGCAAGUUGUGAUGAGCCACUGUCAGAGAAAGCUUAAACAACCUGAGUUAAAAGUGUGGAUAGAAAAGUUAGUUAAGAAGACAAAUGUGUGGGUUUUACUUCUGUUUGGUUGGUUUUGUCGCUACCACCUACAUGCACACAGAGCUGUGUUUGUUACUGGUGUCCUGAGAGAGGAAAUCCAUUACCUUAAAAGAAGCACUUGGCAUUAAGACAGAAUAAUAAGGAGAGCAACAAAGAACUGUUAGAAAUAAUUUAUUAAGAAGAAGAGAUAUAUAGUCUGUCUCAUAAACAAGUGGUAUUAUUUAAUUAUCCAAGGAUUUGCGUUCCAAAUACAAGCCUGAAUUGUUCAUUGUCCAGCAAAAUAACGCCUGCUUCUUCAUUCCUGGCUGUUUCUCUAACUACAGCCCAGAGCCUGUAGGUCUUUGCUGCUGUGGUCUGUCCUGCCUAACAUUACUAAUAACAUUUAUGUCACUGUUAUAAUAAAGAUAUCUUAAGUAGAAAACAGCAAUAUUAAGGCAUAGAAAGGAUAACAUCAAGACUUUUCAACUGAGGGGACAGGAACAAAGGAUCUCUGUCUGUACUAAGUUUCCCUGUAGCUGUAAUAGGGCCUCACAGACCCACUUGCACUCGGUCAUGUUGGCAGAGAAACACUUGGCAGAAAAAUACCCUACUGCUGUCUCAGCUGCCCAUUCACCUGCUCAGAGAGACAAAAUUAUAUAGGUCCAUCCUACCACUUCUUUAAACACUGGUGUGCUGAUGUUCAGGUGUUCACCAGAACAAGGUUUCUUUUUUCCUGUUUUUGCAUGGUGUGGUAUUUUCCAGAGGAAGAAAGUGGCUCUCUCAGGGUUAUGCCAGCUUUCCUAUACCAUACAAACAAGAUUUACAGAUGCCGCAGAGGUCUGUGAGCGGAGUAACCAAAGCAGGGUGUGAGGUGUGGGUCAGGGACAUGCCUUCUGUAUAAACCAGCCUUUUUUUAAAGAAAUGGGUGGAUUACCCAGGUCAGAGGCAUCCUCAGAGGAGGAGGCAAUACAUACAUUGGGUACUGCCAUUGCUGCUCCCAUACUAAGCCACCGGGGACCACUGCUCUGUUACCGUGGCAACAGUGACGAGCUGGCAGCCAGACCCAUCAUCACACAGCCUCCCCAAGCCCUUGCGAAAUGCUCUGGGAAAGACUUACAGGAGCAGAUUUGCAUCCGAGAUCUAAUUUUUUUUUCACUUUGGCUUUACCUUGCAAGUCUAGAGAAAGAGAAAAUCGUGUGAGCUCUCCAAAGAGAAACCUGUGUGGAGGCAGGGCACGAUGAGUGCUGAGGGGAAGCUGAUUUAGAUGCUUGCCCUGGCAGAGGUGGGUGAACUAUGAGCACUUGUCAGGGAGGAGCUGACUUGUGUGAGAAGAAGGUCACUUGCACAGCCCUGCUCUGCUAAUAAUGCUCAUAAGCCAGAGGUGAAAGUGGCUCAUCAGACCAACAUCGGGAAAUCUGGCGCACUGGAAGACAGCAGCUGCCCCUCAGGGCAGCUGCAAAGUGUGAAGCAUGGAGGAAAGUAAGAAUGAGAAGGUGAACCAGGCUCACGUUCUCUUUGACAGAUUUGUCCAGGCUUCAACCUGCAAGGGGACUCUUAAGGCUUUCCAAGAGCUCUGCGACUACCUAGAACUAAAGCCCAAGGACUAUCGUUCUUUCUACCACAAACUCAAGUCCAAGCUCAAUUACUGGAAAGCCAAAGCCUUGUGGGCAAAAUUGGAUAAAAGAGGCAGCCAUAAGGACUAUAAGAAGGGGAAAGCAUGCGCCAACACGAAGUGUCUGAUAAUUGGGGCUGGACCCUGUGGCCUUCGUACAGCCAUUGACUUGUCGUUCCUGGGAGCCAAGGUGGUGGUCAUAGAAAAGAGGGAUGCCUUUUCCCGCAAUAACGUGCUGCAUUUGUGGCCAUUCACCAUACAUGACUUGAGGGGUCUUGGCGCCAAAAAGUUUUAUGGCAAGUUCUGUGCAGGAUCCAUAGACCAUAUCAGUAUCCGUCAGCUCCAGCUUAUUCUUUUGAAGGUUGCCUUGAUCUUGGGAAUAGAGAUCCAUGUCAAUGUGGAAUUUCAGGGGCUUGUUUACCCUCCGGAGGAUCAGGAGAAUGAAAGAAUAGGUUGGCGUGCAUUGGUCCACCCAAAAACCCAUCCAGUAUCUGAGUAUGAGUUUGAAGUAAUCAUUGGAGGGGAUGGCAGGAGGAACACAUUGGAAGGGUUUCGGCGAAAAGAGUUCCGUGGUAAACUGGCAAUUGCUAUCACAGCUAACUUCAUCAAUCGUAACACCACAGCUGAAGCCAAAGUAGAAGAGAUCAGUGGUGUGGCCUUCAUAUUCAACCAGAAGUUCUUCCAGGAUUUGCGGGAAGCCACAGGUAUUGACUUGGAGAACAUUGUCUACUACAAAGAUGAUACGCACUACUUUGUCAUGACUGCCAAAAAACAGAGCUUGCUGGAAAAAGGAGUGAUACGGCAUGAUUAUGCUGACACAGAGCUGCUACUCUCACGGGAGAAUGUGGACCAGGAGGCUCUGCUAAACUAUGCCAGAGAAGCAGCUGACUUCUCCACUAAUCAGCAGCUGCCAUCACUGGACUUCGCCAUCAAUCACUAUGGUCAGCCAGAUGUGGCCAUGUUUGACUUCACAUGCAUGUAUGCAUCAGAGAAUGCAGCCCUGGUGCGAGAGCAGAAUGGCCACCAGUUACUUGUGGCACUGGUUGGGGACAGUCUCUUAGAGCCAUUUUGGCCAAUGGGAACUGGAAUAGCCAGGGGAUUUUUGGCUGCAAUGGACUCUGCUUGGAUGGUACGAAGUUGGUCUCUUGGUGCUAGUCCUUUGGAAGUUCUCGCAGAGAGGGAAAGUAUUUAUAGGCUACUGCCACAGACCACGCCUGAGAAUGUGAGUAAAAACUUCAGCCAUUACAGCAUCGAUCCUGCCACCCGGUAUCCCAAUAUCAACGUCAACUUCUUGCGGCCCCAGCAGGUACGCCACUUGUAUAAUACAGGAGACUUGAAAGACAUUCACCUGGAAAUAGAGAACUUUGUAAACUCCAGGACACCAAAGCUGACUCGAAAUGAGUCUGUAGCUCGCUCCAGUAAAUUGCUCAGUUGGUGCCAGAGGCAGACCGAUGGAUAUGCUGGUGUUAAUGUGACAGAUCUCACAAUGUCAUGGAAAAGUGGCCUAGCUUUGUGUGCCAUUAUCCACAGAUACCGUCCAGACUUAAUAGACUUUGAUUCUCUGGAUGAGCACAAUGUGGAGAAGAAUAACCAGCUGGCCUUUGACAUUGCUGAAAAAGAGUUUGGAAUAUGUCCCAUUAUGACUGGAAAGGAAAUGGCAUCUGUUGGCGAGCCAGAUAAACUCUCAAUGGUGAUGUACCUCACACAGUUCUAUGAGAUGUUCAAAGACACCAUCCCCUCCAAUGAUAGUCUGGACCUGAAUGCAGAAGAAAAAGCUGCCCUAAUUGCCAGUACCAAAUCACCUAUCUCUUUUCUCAGUAAACUGGGACAAAGUAUCUCUCGAAAACGCACUCCAAAGGACAAAAAAGAAAAAGAACUGGAUGGUGCAGGAAAGAGGAGAAAAACCAGCCAAUCUGAGGAUGAGGACAUACCACGAAGCUACAGAGAAGAAAGGCCCACGCUGGUGAGCGCCCUGACGGAGAGGAGAAUUGACGCUGCCAUUGGGAAUCAGAACAAAGUCAAGUCUAUGGCAACCCAGCUACUGGCCAAGUUUGAGGAGAAUGCACCAGUGCAGUCCUCAAGCUUACGAAGACAGCAACCUGUCCUGCCUUAUCAAGAACGUGUUCACAACCAGCCAUCCAGCAGACGAGAGCAGGGCCGUCUUGCUCCCAUACCCCAGUGGAAACAGAUGAGGCGUAAAGAAUGUUCUCGGACCUGCCCCAAAAAAGUCAUCAUGCUCUCUUCUUCCACUCCACCUUCCUCUCCACCGUAUCCCAGGCAGCAGAGAAACAGGGAACCUGGUGCUGACUAUCCUGGGGAGCAGAGUCCCAGACAGGAAAGGAGAUCUCCUCGUUUAUUUUCUGAUGACCAAGUGCCUGAGAAUGUUGAGCAAAGGGCCCUCCUGGAGUCCAGACCUGCAGUGAGGCAUCAGCCUGAGACUGAACCGUCUCGCCGAUUCUUUGUUGACCAGUGGGAGCUCUCCCUUAGCCUCCGUUCUUCUAACCGCCCUUCUUCACCUUCAUCUGACUCUCUUCGACAGAAGUAUAUAAAGAUGUACACAGGCGGAGUGAGCUCUUUGGCUGAGCAGAUAGCCAAUCAGCUUCAAAGGAAAGAGCAACCCAAAACCCUUCUAGACAAGAAGGAACUGGGCUCACUCAAGAAGGAGUUCCCCCAAAACCUGGGAGGCAGUGAUGUCUGUUACUUCUGCCGCAAGCGGGUCUAUGUGAUGGAAAGGCUGAGUGCUGAAGGCAAGUUCUUCCACCGCAGUUGCUUCAAGUGUGAAUACUGUGCAACAACUCUGCGCUUGUCAUCUUACGCCUAUGAUAUUGAAGACGGUAAGUUCUACUGUAAGCCUCACUACUGUUACCGACUCUCUGGUUAUGCCCAGCGGAAGAGGCCAGCAGUGGGCCCUCUGUCAGGAAAGGACACCAAAGGACCUCUGCAGGACGCCAUGGCAAGUGAUGGAAGUGGACGAGCAAAUACCAUCUCCGCCACAGCAGAGAGGGCCCCAGGUUCUAAUGUGAAUGGGCUGGAAGAGCCCAGCCUAGCUAAGCGGCUGCGUGGCACACCUGAGCGGAUUGAGCUGGAGAACUACCGACUCUCACUGCAGAGGGAAGAAGAACUGGAAGAGGUUCCUGAAGAGACACUAGCAGAGCAUAACCUCAGUAGUGUGUUGGACAAAGGAGCAGAAGAGGAUGUUCCCAGCAGUAGUUCAGAGUCUGAGAUGGAGGAGGAAGAUGAGGAGGAAGAUGAUGAACUACUGCUGCCUCAGCAACCCCCUUCAGACUUGGGUGGUGUGCCAUGGAAAGAGGCUGUGCGUAUCCAUGCCCUCCUGAAGGGAAAGAGUGAAGAAGAGAUCGAAGCUGAGGAAAAUCAUGAGAUUGAGGACAAAGAAGAUGAGGAGGAGGAGGAAGAUGAAGAGGAGGAAGAUGAGGAGUCAAGUGAAGAGGGGGAGUAUUGCCCUUGGGAGAGCGAGCUGCAGCAAGGCCUCUGGCUUCAACGUCUUUCAAAUGAAGAGGACACGGGUACAUUUAAAGCUGGAAACCUUAGACUGGAGCAGAUUGUAAAUCCGGUUGAUCCUCUGGAGAUCCUGGCAGAUGUGCACUGGACACACAUCCGUGAAAAAGAGGAGGAGGAAAAAAUGGUCCCAACCUCAAAGUCCUCCACCUCCAGAGCAUCCGACCUUCCCUCCGUACGCCAUGAGGCGGUACAGGCGUGGCUGGAGACGGUCCCUGGAGCUCCGUGUGAGGAUGAUGUGGAGGAUGAGCUGGGCACAGAGCCUGCAGACACAGAAGGGCAGGCAGGUGAAGAGGGAGACACGGGUGCAGAGCUGGAUGACGAUGAUAUCCCAUCUGAUGCAGAAGCAGAGUUUCGCUUACAUCAAGGUGGCACAAAAGAGCCAGAACUAAAAGUCUCUGAAGAUGAAGAAGAUGAAGAGGAAGCAGAAGGUGCUUCUUACAGUGUGGCAGAAGAUCCAUGCAAGCCAUCCAUCCCUAUCCAGUCACCUGGUGACACUGUUCUUCCUCUGUCUCCAGCUGAAAGUCCCAAAGCAAAACAAGCAGAGGAUGUAAAAGUUCCCCUGGCUGAAGUAUCCCGUGCAAUAAAAUCGCCAGAGGCACGCUUCUUUCCUGAGCCUUUCCUUCUUGAAGGACCAAAGGAUGAAAUUCCCAAAGACAGGAAAGUUAGAAGCCCUCUGAUACCACCAUCACCAGUGUUAUCCCAGCCAGUUGCAUCACCAGAAGCCAUUGCAUCUACAUCAUUGGCAGAGUCUCAGCCAGCAUCACCAGCACUGUCUUCAUCUGCAACAUCUGCUCAAACGCCUAUCUGUUCCCAGCCUUUGCCUUCUGCUGAAACAUCCAUUCCAUCCCCAGUGGAGCCUCCAGUAUGCUUCCAACCUGUCCCAGCCUUAACGUCUACUCCUUUAGCCAAACUAGUCUUCAGGGGCCAGGAUAGUGAGGUGGAAAAACUGGGGAGCCCUACUACUGCAGAAGAAGCCCUGAAAAGGAGUAAUCUUGUAGAAGAGUUCUGGAUGAAGAGUGCUGAAAUCCGGAGGAGCUUAGGGCUCACCCCAGUAGACAGAAACAAACGCUCAGAGACAAACUUUAAUGUAUCUGCCCUUGAGACAACUCCUCUGAAGACUUUUAAUAGCCAGAAGAUUUCAGGGGAUGAAAGGAUCCAUCUUGUAAAACCCCAGCCUGCCCCAAGAAGACAGGGAUUGUCCAAGUUAGAAAAUGAGCAGAUUUCUCUUCUGACUCCAAAAUCUCCAUCAGAAAAAGAGCUAAGGAGUUCCAGUGAAGUAAGAGAUGUAUCCAGCAGUUCUGGACUUGGCCUUCAGGAGAGCUCAUCUAACAUGAGAACUAUGGCUAGCCAGAGCUUCAACACUUCUGACUCUACUAUGCUUACUCCUCCAUCAAGUCCGCCACCACCGCCUCCUCAGGGUGAAGAACCAGCCACUUUGCGUAGAAAGAGGCAUCAAGCAGUCUGGCAGAACGAGGUUGAAGCCAGGUCACCUCCAACACCAGCAUCAACACCUCCUGUUCCCCCACGCCAUGAGCCGACCUCUGCUGCCAAAGAGCCAACCCAGGCCGAAAAAGACGAUGUGCGGAAGUCUUUUGCAGAGAGUGUGGAUGAGAUUCCGUUUGCUGAUGAUGUAGAAGACACGUAUGAUGACAGGACAGAGGACUCAAGCCUUCAUGAGAAGUUCUUUACACCUCCUACCAGUAGGCCAAGGCCAGAGAAACCACGCCUUUUGCCUUUGGUCAAAGAAAAUGGUGGCCCACCCUCAAUGGAAGGAGGGGUUAACCAGAAGAAGCGAGCGUUGCCUGAGAUCUCUGUGGAGGCCAAGGAGCUUGCUGAAGAAAGAAUGAGAGCCAGAGAGAAGUCUGUCAAGAGCCAAGCACUGCGGGAUGCCAUGGCUAAACAGUUGUGUAAGAUGAAAGAUAUGGAGAUGGCUGCAGCUGCUGCUGCUGGGACCACAAGGGCAAGAAAGGCAUCUUCUAUGCCCUUGAAGACCAAAGAGUUGUUUUAUGACUCUCCAAAGCAUCUGGCUUUGAAAAUAGCAGAGGGAUCAACACGAAAGCAUGAUGGUGCUAGUGAGAAGUUCUCUACUCCUGCUGCUGAAAUGGCUGGACCUGAAGGGUCUGUCACCUCUUCAGAGGGCUCCAGUGGGAAGAGUAAAAAAAGAAGUUCUCUUUUCUCCCCUCGUAAGAACAAAAAGGAGAAGAAAUCCAAAAAUGACAGCAGGCUUUCUGACAAAUCUAGUGGCGGGACAGAGGAAGCAGCAAAGCCUAGGUCAUUGUGGAAGUCUGUUUUCUCUGGGUAUAAGAAAGACAAGAAGAAAAAAACUGAUGACAAAUCCUGCCCAAGUACUCCCUCAAGUAGUGCCACUGUGGAUUCUGGCAAGCACAAAGCUUCUCCACUGAUUAUAGCUGCAGAUUUGCAGCUCCGUCAACACCUGAGUUUCUCAGAGGACUCCGACCUCUCCAGUGAUGAUAUUCUGGAACGCUCCUCCCAGAAAUCCAAGCGAGAGUCGAUCUAUGUACCACACGCCUUGGCAUUCAAGAGAUCAUAUUCGUCAAAGAGAGCCUACACAGAAGAGGAACUGAAUGCCAAGCUGACCCGGCGAGUACAGAAAGCUGCCCGUAGACAAGCCAAGCAAGAGGAGCUAAAGAGGUUACAUAGAGCUCAGAUCAUCCAGCGGCAACUUGAACAAGUGGAAGAGAAGCAGAGGCAACUCGAGGAGAGAGGGGUUGCUGUGGAGAAGGCCCUUCGGGGAGAAGCAGACUAUUGGGGAGAGUCUUAUUACAGUGACCUCAUCGACUUGCAUCUGGGUGUUGAGCCCAAUGCCGGGACACCACGUCGUAGACCUCUCUCCUUCUGCCCUUGCUGUGCCCAUGAAGGCAUGGGUAAGAAGGAUGAUCCCAAGCUGAUGCAGGAGUGGUUCAAGCUGGUGCAGGAGAAGAAUGCCUUGGUUCGCUACGAGUCUGAACUCAUGAUAUUUGCUCGGGAGCUAGAACUGGAAGACAGGCAGAGCCGAUUACAGCAGGAACUCCGGGAGAGGAUGGCAGUAGAAGAUCAUCUGAAGACAGAUGCAGAGCUCUCAGAGGAGAAGAGGAUCCUGAAUGAGAUGCUAGAAGUAGUGGAGCAGAGAGAUUCUCUUGUGGCUCUCCUUGAGGAGCAACGGCUUCGAGAAAAAGAGGAAGACAAGGACCUGGAGGCAGUCAUGCUUUCCAAAGGUUUUAGCUUGAACUGGUCCUGAGCUUGACAUGUUUACCUCUGCUGAUGUGUGUUGUCCAGUUGGCCUACCCUGAGUUCGCCAGAAUUACAUGGAUAGGAAGAUGUUGAAGGGGAAACCUCCGAAGGGUCCAACAGCAUGCAGGGAUUUGGUUUGAAGCACUCAGAAGCCUUUUGAUAAGCGUGUUGGUUCCAGAAGCUUAAGUUUUACUUGUCUGCAAGCCGAGUUGAAGAUAAUGAGUUGAGACCGUGGAGUCUCCUUGAGGUCCUAUACGAUGGACUCUUACUUUUGUGUGUGGUAGGAGGGAGAGGAAUAAUCCAUGUGUGGGGAAGGAGGUUAAGGGAAGAAGUACCCUUAACUGGAUUUAUGGCAGUCCAUUCCUUUCCUGGUUUUACUAUACCAGUUCUAAUAAGAGGGAGGGAAGUGGCAACCCUCUCUGGAAAACCACAGCAGCCUGUAGCAGCCUGUAAAAUGGAGUCACCUGUCCAAGAGAGCUCCAGAAGCCCAGGGCAACACUUUCUUUGCUUUAGUCUUCCUCCCCACCAAAGAAACCUGCAGUUGAUCAUUAUGCACAGAUAUGAAGAAACAUGAGACAGAAAAGAUACUACUAAUAUGCGUGAUGGAACUCUCUGCCUCCUGGUUUUUAGAGAGAUGUGGGCAUCAGAGGACUCUCUCCCUAUCGUAGCCUCCUAAAUCUUCUUGUAGGGAAAUAAGGGGAGAAGAAGAGAGACAGAAGAUGCCCUUCUGCUUCGCUACACACUGGAGAGACAGCUAUUGCUGGCCUUAGUCUUCAUGGCCACAGCUCAGAGGCUUGUGGGCUUCUUUGUUCUGUUUUUGUUAUGACUGUUUUGACACUGGAAAAUACUGACUGUGUGGGACAGUGGUGUGUGCUGGGGCAGGGGUGUUACCAGGUGGCAUUCCCUGGCUGUUAGGCCCCAAAGAGGAGAAGCCCUUAAGUGACUGAACCACCAUUAAGACUUUUCAGUGUUUUUAUUUUCUUUUUCCUCUAUAUUUUGUUUUUGCACAUUGGAAACGAAGCUUAAGACCUGCCUGGGCCCUCAGUCACUUUGACCCUUUAUUGUCAAUUAACUUAUUUUUUUAAUACUUGAAAGAAGAUUCAUUUUUGUAUCUUUUAGGAAAAAAAAAAAGGAUGAGUGAUGGGUGUGUGUGCCUGCUGCAUCCUACAACUUCCACUUCUAAAUUACUGGAUGUUGUUACCUGUGGCUAUUUAUUAGUGUUCCUAUUAAUAAUUUGUUACACAUAUUUGAUUUUGGAGGGGAGUGUUUUAACUCUGUUAGACACUACUGCGGAUUGGUCCCUGCUUCACAGCAAGGGCAGCCUUUAUGUACCCACGGAUGCAUCCUGACCUAGGAUGCAAAAGCCAGCACAGUCAUGGAGUGGUAAGAAUCCUUUUGUGUUCCCAGCAUACUUCUCUUCUGCAUCCCAGAAUUCCCUCUGUUGGACUAACAAAUUCAUAAUUUAUUUAAAUUUUACAUUUUUGUAACAAGAAAGCCAAAACUGUGAGGUAGAAGUAUCCCAUAUGUCUCUUUCUCACUGAAAGAGGGGACCCUUGGACUCCUGAGGUAUGGCUAGAGGGACAUCAUGAAAACAAAAAUAGCACAUUUCCUGGUGCAUCUGCUGGAAGAAGCUGUUGGCUCAGCUAGAAAAGCUGCUGCUUUUCAGCCAGGAGGGCACUGACUGUAACCAUAUAUUAAGCAAUGAGCAGGAUAUGCACUGAGCAGUUCGGCACCAUUCACUGUUUGACAGACUCCUUGAGCACACUGCCCCCUUAGCUUGUCCCGCAGAGCUGAAAUAGUGCUGUGCAUUGGGUAUGCGUCCCAUCCUUAAUGGGAUGCAGUAAGAGGUUUUCCCUCUUGGAAUGCUGACUUUGUUCUUGGUAAAGAAGUACUAAGCUUGCUCCCCAGUGUCCUUGAGAAAGCGUCCCAUUCCCAAGUGUAUCCAUACAGUGUGCUGACUCUUUCAGUUUGAACUUAGGUUGUUGGUGCAAGGCACCCAAGCAGGGCUGAACAUCCUUCAUUCUUUUGCCCCAGGACAGAAGUUUGCAUGGUUUCUUGCUGUUGACUCUGCCUUCUUCAAAGAGGUCUUCUGUAAGCCAGGCUCUACAAUUUGUAUUCACCUCUCACUCAGGAGCGUACCUCAGGCUGAAGAAGGAUGUGUAGGACUGUCCCCAAGGACUCAAGAGUGCUGCUGGUUCCCUCAGCUGGAAACAUGUUUUUUCCACCUCAAGUGUCCUCCUUUUUAUCCCCACCUAGUGUUUUCUGCAAAGGCAUUACAAACGAAAUCCAGAUGCUCAUGAAACCAAGCAGACAGGGAGCUGCAAUGCUACUGUGCCUGUUAGCAAGUGAUAACCUGCUACAUCAGCAUCACAGUGCUGGCUUACCAACAGGAUGUCCUGCAAACAGAAUUCCCCCAUUUGCCAGUGCAGGAGCCAGCUGCACAACUCAAAUUGACAAUGGUACUUUAGCCUGCAUUUGAGGGGCCAGUGGGAACUGGAGAGGAGGAAGGAAGGAAGAGGGAAGGUAGAUAAACUUUAUUGUAAGUUGUCUUAGGCAGAGAAUUGGCCUCAGUCCUCUUCAUAAUGCACUAGGUAUAGGGACUACAUCUAACUUUUAUCAAAAUAUCAUUGAAUGUGAGCUGUAGAACAGAAAGAAAUCCUGAAGAAGAAAUACCAGAUCAUUACUUUUCCCCUUCUUGCUGGGGGAUGCUGGCCAAAGAAUGAUAAACCACUUGAGGGUGUAAUGCCCUACUGCACAGGAAAACCUGAAGUCUUUAGGUUAUGCUGAAGGCCUCCAGCAGUGAGAAUGAAAAUGAAGAGCUAACAUCGCACAUACACAGCAAUUAAAAAUACAUGGAAUGGAAUGUUAAAAGGCCUUUUUAUAUCAAAAUGGUUGUAAAAGGCACAACUUGUAUUUGCUGUUCAGUUGCACUUUAAGAAUAUGACUUGCAUAUCAGAUACUUGUUUUUUUUUUACUAUCUGAAUAUUUUUAAGUCAAAUUUUGUAUUUUUAAAGCUGAAGAAGGCUCUUGUGACCACAAGAUUUCGUAUUUGUAUAAGAAUCCAAGUAGGAUGUUCUAGCUCUUUGUGGUGCCCAGGUGUGCAGCAGCACCUGACUCAGCCAUGUGCAUUCAAUGACGUGCAUCCAUUUUGCGUAUGAGGGGAGGCCAGAGGCCCUCAGUUUCCAAGAAGUGGGCACACGGGGGCAUCUGUCCCAGUGGUACAUGGGCCGGAGGACAGCUGAGCUUGGAACAUAACCUGUGUUCAUUAUGACAAGGGCAUGCUGAGGAUGGGGCAGGCACUUCAGUUCCCUGUGGGGAAGGGAGGAGGGGGAUACCGCUUCCUGCAGGGAAGGGGAGAGAAAUGGGGACGGGGGAGUGAAGACUGCCAAAACAACUGACCUGCUGUUUUCACAGUACCAUUUUUGUUUUAUAACUCUUCUGUUCCUUUUAACCAUGUUUUCAUUCAAAUACAUAAAAUGGCUGUAAAAUUCUGAGCUUCAAAGAACUGAUGUGAGGGGAGGUGACAAGACAUUUCAGCUCCAAUUUCCAGACAUAUUCCUCCUUUCAGUUAAGCAACACCCCAUGGUCUUGCUAGGGCAUGUUACAAACUGCGUUGCUGAAACAUACUUUAGAGCAAAGUGCAAGUUUUAAAAGUCUGUCCUCCUCUAUCCAUCUCUGCAUUUUAUGUAAAUAUUUGUUUGUAUGUAAAGACACCAGUGGAUCCUUGGGUUACCCCCAUGGUCGAGAAUCUGAGUUUUGUGCAAUGCCUAGGCCUCUCUUAGAACACAGCGCUUGCAUAGAGCUAGUCACCACACUUGUGUGCACUCUGGUGGUUUUUAAUACUUUUAUACAUCCUAAUCCUGAACAUUAUGAAGUAUUGUACGUGGUCUAGACUGCAUGUUCUAGAGGCAGCCAGCAGUUCCCUUUUGUGAGAAGACGCUCACAGCUACACCCUGUUUGGUUACCAUUCUUUUAAAAUGAGUUUUCAAUCAAGUAUUUACACUGGAGACCAGUGGAUGAGAAAGGUGUUGCAUUAGAAAACCUCCUGUGUACAAACUGAGAAGCCACAAUAAGGCUUUAUGGGAAUUUCAGUCAUCUCUGUCUGCAAUAAAGAGAACUCUGAAGCAUACUAAAAACCAGCCUGUAUAUAGUUCACAGAGAAAAGAGACUGCUGGCUCUCAACUGCUGCAAAAUAACAGAGAUUUUCCAAAACUUCCUGGUUUUGGAUUGCUCAAGAGCACUGCUAUAGGCAGGGUAGCGGGGCAGGUGAGGAUGUUACUGAGAGCAGAUGUGAAGGGGAGGAUGCCAUGUUCUGAUGGCAUCGCAGUAAUUUAAAUACUCUGUAUCUGUGUGUGCAUGCGUGUGUGUGUGAAGUCUAAUCCAGGUGAAGGGAUCUGCUUUGGCAUCUUCCCUUUUGUAUGAAAGUGAACUCUGAUAUUCAGAUUGUUCAAGGCUUUUACGGUUGGCAUGUAUGGAGUGUUAACAGAAAAGUGUAUUACCCUACCUGUAAAAAAACAACUCUGUUCCAGCCUGUUUUCUUCUGUUUGGUUGUGUUCUACCGUUUGUUUUUAUGCACACUUGCUUCGUUGGUGUUGAGAUUUUAGCACCUCAGAUGGCCAACUGAACUAAAAAAAAAAAGAAAAAAAAUAAAGUCAUUAAUUAUUUUUUC